AUGGAUGUCCUCAUCAAGAACCCCACCGGCAGCACGAUCCCCCUGAGGGUCUACCCAUCGGACACCGUGCGUGAUGUCAAGGCAAAGAUGAUCCAGGAACAGUACUCCCUCUUCUUUGGUGGCGUGCAGCUGGAUGACAGGCUUACAUUGGCCAAUUACAACAUCCAGCAUGAAUCCACGAUCGACCUCCACGAGAAGAUGAACAUGAAGAUUUACGUGACAGAGACGGUGGCGGGCAUGACUAUCACGAUCAACGUCAGCAGUCUAGACACCGUCGAUAACUUGAAAGCCAAGAUCCAGGACCUUGAGGGCUUCCCGAAGGCUCAGCAGUGCCUCGUUUUUGCCAGCACGCGGCUGGACGACGGGAACCGCACCAUGGCUGGCCACAACAUUGGGAAUGAGUCCACCCUUCUCCUUGUCCUCCUCCCGUGUAUUUCGAGAGGAGACAUGAUGCAGGUCUUCGUGAGGACGCUGGAUGGGAAGACCAUCACUCUUUGGGUUGGUAGCUUGGACACCGUCGGCAGUGUCAAGGUGAAGAUGUACGACAUGAAGUACGACCCUUUCCCUAAACAGCAGCGCCUCAUCUUUCAAGGAAAGCAGCUGGAGGACGGCCGCACAUUGGCGGACUACAGCAUUCAUAGGGAGUGUACCCUUCAUUUGAUGCUCCGCCAGGAUUCAUAG